UAAGAUUCCGUCAUCGGCCAAAAUAUUCAGAAAUAAUAACAACUACCUUUCACUCGAAAUUGGUUUUUGGAACCCGUGCACCUCCAUCUUCGCAACCUCUGGACCCAUCUCGAACCGGCACAAAUGGCAGACGUCGAAGCCCCACCACUCUCCCGCAAAAUGCACGACCUGACAGAUCAGGUGGUUCUCAUAACCGGAAUCGGCUGCAUUGGGAAAGGAUGGGGGAACGGGAUUGCAAUUGCUACACUAUUUGCCCGUCAAGGAGCCAUCCUGUUUGGCUGUGACCUUUUCAUCGAAGCCGCAGAAACCUCAAAGGCUCAAAUCCUAGCCGAGAACCCGAAAACAAACAUCACAGUGAUGCACGGCGACGCAACCUCAUCGUCCUCGAUGAAAGGGUUUGUGGAUGCGUGCAUGGUGAGGCACGGAAGGAUAGACAUCCUAGUGAACAACGUCGGAAGAAGCGAACCCGGGGACCCGGCAUCGAUAUCAGAGGAAGUGUGGGAUAAGCAGAUGGACGUGAAUCUCAAAUCCGUGUACCUGACUUCUCACCUCGUUCUUCCCAUUAUGGCUGCACAAAAGAGUGGAGGGAACAUCGUUAACAUCAGUUCUGUCUCCGGACUGAGGUAUAUUGGCAAACCGCAAGUUGCGUACUCGACGACGAAGGCCGCGAUUCUGAGUUUUACGAGGACGACGGCAGUUAUUUAUGCGAAGAGGGGAGUGAGGUUGAAUACUGUGGUCCCCGGACUGAUUAAUACGCCGCUUGUUAAGAUGUUGGCGGAUAAGUAUGCUGGUGGGGAUUAUGAGGGGUAUUGUAAGGUGCGGGAUGAGCAGGUUCCGACGGGGAAGAUGGGCAGCGCGUGGGAUGUAGCUAAUGCUGCGCUUUUCCUGGCUAGUAAAGAGGCUUCGUAUAUUACAGGCACGGAGAUAGUUGUCGAUGGGGGGCUGACGCAGAGUACUGGGAGAACAUAGACAGUCAAUAACGAAGAGUUCCCCACCCCAUGGGUCCUGUACGGAAUGUUACUCGGCUCUUUCUUGUUUUCCUCUUUCUAUGGAUGCAAAUAUCGCUAAUCCUGAUUCUGCUUUGCGCUUCCGUUUCUGAACCCGGGUCACAACCUGGUGUCCUUCAUCUUAAUUUCAA